AAAAUGUAAACAAAAGUCUCUCCCUUGAUACUGUUUAUCUUUUUGUAUUCGUUUUAUUUGAAUUUGUAAUUCUCUUACUUGUUUCUUAGUUUAUUGUAGUCUUAUCAGACCGCAGACGACCUCCACUUCAACCAAUUAUACAUAUUAAUUUUACAUGUACUGCGGUUCCGCCGUAGCUGCUUAUCAGUGAGCAUGAACAACUGUUGUGCACCCUUUACUUUUUUAUCACAAAUUUAUUUUAUAUUUCGAUGAAAACUUUAAUAUAUUAAUCGUUUCUAAUUGUGUCUGUGAUAUUUCAUGAUUUAAAGAUUUUACCUCAGUGCACUCAAGCUGUGUUUUUCCAUUACUUAGAAAGCAGAAAGAGGUCAAGGAGCACCCAUUUUCUGAUGGUACAUUUUGCUGAUUCUACUCUUUGAUGUGUUUUUUCUGUAAUCCGGACCUGAGGAGCUGCUUAGAAGACUGUUAGUGGGUGAACUCCAGUGCCCCCCAAAUCUUGGAGCUUUGAACCCACCAUCGUUAUGAAUCGUUUUACGGAUGCAAAGUUCUGGCCCAUAUGUAAUGUAUGUCAAUCCUGCUGUAUUGCUUUGUACGACUACUGCCUGUGUCGAAAGUGAUAUUUUCAUCAUUGGUCAAGUCUGUUAUUGAUUUUGAAUGAAACCCAAGGGAAGGCUGAAACAGGAUCAAAUAUUUAGUGGUGAUUACCAGUUUUAUUUUCUCAAUUUUUCAGUAAGUACUUACGUCCGUCUUUCCUACGCUUGUAAGAAAAAUUAUCUUGAAUAUUAAAAUGGUCUACAUCACAAUGUUUUUUACCAUUGCGAUCGCAGUUCUUGUCUGCAUCUGUCUACUUUUUCAUUUAAUCACCAAGGAAACGGUCGAUCGUCCAAAACAUCGUGAAUUUAGUCAGCUGCAACUGAAAUUCCUUUGUGGCUAUUGUUUAGCAGCCUUUUCUGAUUGGCUACAAGGUCCCUAUAUUUAUAAAGUUUAUGAGUCAUAUGGCUUUGAUGAACAAAUGAUUGCAAUUUUAUAUCUAAGUGGAUUUAUCUCAAGUUCCAUUUUUGGCACUCUUGUCGGCUCUUUUGCAGACAUUUACGGUAAAAAAUCUAUGUGUAUAUUGUAUAGUUUUUUCUACUCUGUUUGUUGUAUGACUAAGUUCUUUCAAAAUUUUUUUCUCCUUAUGAUCGGACGAAUUUUUGGAGGUAUCGCAACAUCGAUUUUGUUCACAAGCUUUGAAGCAUGGUAUGUAAAUGAGCACCUGAACUAUUAUAGAUUUCCUUCAGAAUGGCUAAAUAUAACUUUGACUAAAGCAGUUUUUUACAACAGCAUUCUAGCAAUUGUUGCAGGGGUUUUCUCUCAAAUCUUGGUUUACCAUCUGAAUCUAAAACCAGUUGCGCCUUUUGGUGUUGCAAUUAUAUUCUUAAUUCUUGGUGGUUGCUUAAUUGCUUGCACUUGGAAAGAAAAUAUGACAAAAACACCAGAAAAAACCACCUCAGUUCUCAAAUCCAUGAAGGAGUCCGUUCGAUUAAUCCUUGCUAAGAAUAGGAGAGAAUUAUUAGUUCUAGGUGUCAUCCAGUCAUUAUUUGAAAGUGUCAUGUACAUAUUUAUCUUUGCAUGGACCCCUAUUUUAAGUACAGAAAAUUCCAAAGAACUGAACGACUCUCUAGGUUUAAUUUUCUCCUGCUUCAUGUUGGCUUGUAUGAUAGGUCCAAAAGUUUAUGCUUAUCUAUUAUCGAAGUCUUUUAGUCCUGAGAAACUUCUAUCACUGACUCUUUCAAUUGCCUGUGUAAUUUUAGGAAUUUGCUUGAUUUUUACUGUUAAUUUUUUCAAUAUUCAGAAUGGUUGGGACAAGCAAAUUUGCUUUGUUUUGUUUCUGGUCUAUGAGUUUUCAAUAGGAAUGUACUACCCUGCUGUUUCAUACAUACGAAGCCUAAUAAUCCCAGAAAAAUUUCGAGCGUCCGUAUCAAAUUGGUUCCGGUUUCCAACCAAUUUAAUCACCUGCUUAGCAAUUAUAUGGGUGAAACCCAGUAAAUUAGAGAAUAUGGAAAGUGUGAGUGAUAGCUCUCUAAAUAUAACGUACAUUAGUUUUAUAUUUCUCCCCUGUUCCUUACUUCUUCUAGGAGCCACGAUUUUAAGUUGUGUCUAUGAGAAAAAAUUCGCUGCGUGUCGCAAAGAGUAUGAGAAUAUGCAAAAUGUUGUUUGACUGUGAAUUUUCUAAUUUUAAAAAUGCUUUCUAAAAUGGUACCUAGGUACUUUAGGAAUACAUGGCCCGUUGGACAGGGUUAGAAUCUAUUGUUACCGUUUCCCUCAUCAUUGUCCUAAUUAUUGUUUUGCUUGAUUUCAGUGAGAAUUAUUGUUUGCAGGAAUUAUUAGAUCUGAUCUGUGUAAUGUUUUGUUUUACCUCCUAGUAUAGAACUAAACUUUUUCUCUCAAAAAUUCUAUUCAUGCGAGAUUAAUCUCAAGGUUUUUACUUUUAUAUUUUUUUAAUUUUAAUUAAUCCGCAGUUUUCUCAAAAUAUUUCAAAAAUGAUACUCAUUCCAAAAUUAAUUUUGUUCAUUAUCAUCAGAAAAGUCAGAACAAAUGAAGACUUCUCGUCAAUAAUAGGCUGAGUACCAAAAAGUUGAAUUUGAGUUUUUCACAUCUUGCUGCACACAUGCUGUGGUACGUACCGUAAUGCUAUCUUUCGGAUGUUAUAAGCACUAAUCCGUUCUUGGUGGGGUUGAGCUCAUUUUGCAGCAUGCUGUCCUUGGUAUCUAGGACAAAACUCAACUUUUACCUCGAUUUCUGAUUUUUUGGCACUCAGCUUACUGUUGAUGACGAGUCUUCCAAUGUGAACGGAGUAUCUGGAAGCAUGAUUUUGAUUCACAAUGACUGGCCAUAAAAAUUGUGUUCCUAAAAAUGCAACUUCUCAAAAUUGGAAGCAAAUAUAUUGAGUCCUCUUUAUGUUCAGAAGAAGAGACAAAUAAGGAAAAUGUUGCUCUCUCAGAUAGCUAUUUUAAUACGAUAUUUUUUUGUGGUCUCGUUGCUCUAUUCAUACAUGACAUCAGUUUUUCGUGAUGGCAAGUCAUGAAUGUCAAACUAGGAUUAAUAAGGUUUUUUGCGGAACCUUGAAUAAAUUUAAUUAUUUGCUUUUUAAUAGUAUCUUAAACAGGCACUGCUCAUCAAACAAAAUCAUAUCACUAAAAUUAAGACUGCUUCAAUCUAUACCUAAAAUUCGUUUCUGAAAAUGGUUUCUAUCUGAUGUAUUCUGCAAGCAAAAAACUUGUGCAAAAUGUUCACAAAUUAUUGGAGUCUUGGCUUGUUUAGAGUCCUUUUUUACUCAGAGUAGUGCCAUAUGGAAUCUAUUUCUGAUUAGCUCCCAUUUUUAGGCUUCAUGGAUGUCACAAACGGGCAAGAAGAUAACACUUGACUGGUUGCAAAGAUCAUAAGCUGGAAUGGACCAGGAAACUAAGGGUACAACCAGGAACCAACAAAAUGAGAGAGGGAAUAUAGGAAAGGAAUCAAGGAAAGAGUUGACCAAAAAUCACUGAAAAUGUUACGAAUUAAUCUGCUUGCCCAUUAUUGACCUCUAAGACCGCAAUUCUUGGUUUAAAGGGCCUCAAGGCUUGUAGGGCUCUAAUUACUAAAGUCGUUGCAUCAAUAUGUACUGUAAGUUGAAGAGGAGCUCUUUUCUUUUGUCUCCUCUGCCUAAAUUUUCGAUUAUGAUUUUCUUAAUGUGUAUGUUGCAGACAAAUAGUCAAAUUAGGCAUUUUGCCAUAUAUCUAGGCAAAAUGUCAAAUAUUCUUACUUUGGUCGAAAUUCUGAUUCUUUUGCUAACUUUAGACCAAAUAAUUCUUUUCUCUUGUAGGACAGAAUUCUCUAUAAAAUUUGUCAACUUACAAAGCUAAAUGAAUUAUUCCCAGUUUUUAUACGAACAUUUACAUAAAAAUUGUCAGCAUGUCUUAAAAUUCAGAAACUUUGAAAUCUCAAGAGUCAAAAUAUAGAAGGAGUAUUAGAGGACAAAAAUUCAAGAAAAGAUUGUACCUAGAUUUGAUGAAUCCUUACUUUCAAAACAUUAAAAACUUGAGACCAUUUUGUCAAAAACACAUACAAAUAUUCAAGCCUUUAAAAUUUAACUAUCUGCCCUGACAUUUGAUGCCUGAUUUGACUAUUGCCUACAACAUGUAUAGUAUAUGAAGGAACUCAUGAGCUGAGUGUACUCUUUCAGAACUUUGAUCUUUUCUCUUUCAUUAUUCUGAAUUAAAAUAUUGUCAUUAUUGACUUACGUUUAUGACUCUUUUAAACUAAAUUAUCUGAAGACUGAAUCUCAUAAUAAUACUCUAUUUGUGCAAAAAGAAUCCAUGGAUUCUCUUUAACAUCAAAUAAUUUUUACCUCUUAAAACUAUCACGCUUUUGUAAGUGAGAUUGAACGAUGGUUUUAGCUCUCUUUAAUGAGUAAAAGUUCUAAAAAAAAUGCAGCAACAUUGAUUAUUUGAACAUGAUUCUAAGAUCAAUACUCACAGAAAAAGUCUGUAGUCAUGAGUAUGAAAUCUAAAAUCAUGAUCAAACUAAAAAUGCAUUGGAAAAAGGGAAAUAACUCUCGUGUCCCAUCAAACAUAGCUCAAAUAAAUGUUUGCAGAAUAUUUUUUUGCCAGAGUCCAUUCUUUAAACAAUACAAAUUGAAAAUGUUGAUUUUUACGCACAAAAUUCAUCAUUCUAUUAAAAGUUUUCAGCGUGUUUUCCGAAGAAAAUACACUAUUUUUCGAUUUUACCUUUGUAGCCAUAUUAAGCUGUCGCUAACUUUUUUACAGUGAUACUGUCAUUCAGUAAAUCUAUUUUUAUGCAUUAUGAAGUACUAUUUAAGGCUAUUCACGCACAAUAAUGUAUCUUAGGCUGGAAAUUAUUGUUUAUGUAGAUCUUUGUAUGA